CUUUCACUAAGCUGUCAGGGUGACUUUUUUUAACUCUCUCUUGCCUUGUCCCUUAUAUCCCUCUGCUCGGCGAAGCUCUCCGACUGUCUCCCUCACCAAUGAGGGCCUUUCGUCGAGCAGAGCUACUCAAUCAUGACGGAUGUUCCAACCGGUGGCAGAAUCGUGCCCGUAGUCAAGGCCCAUCAGCAUUACUCCAUUAGUCCUGCCGAUGAGGCCGUGGCCGACCAACGCCCCCCAACACAACAGCUCCCAACCCAACCACCACAACCGCAACAAGAAGACGAUAGCGAUGGACGUUCAAGUCAGAAGCUACCACCCCAGUCGCAGGCGAAAUCGUCAAAAAGCACGCGCAGCAAGAAUGUGGAGACGGAAUGCCUGGAGCUUCCGUGUCUCAACAAACUAGGGCUCUAUGCUCUUCCUACAGAGGGCGAUGGCAAUUGCUUAUAUUACGCCCUCUCUGACCAACUAUAUGGAGAUUUCACUCAUGCCGACGAGAUCCGUGUCCGUCUCGCAGAUCACAUCGCUGCCAAUAAAGAUUACUUUAUGAAUUUUAUAGCCGCCGUUGGUGGAGAGCGCAGAGCGCCCAGGCGAGCGGCAGCGUCGGCGGCUCGAUAUUCUUACUGUUCCUCCUCCUCAGCCAGUCCCGCGCCUCCGUCUUCCAAGGAUAAAGAGCGGAGCUUUGAUUCCAAGGUGGCGGAGUCUCGGAAAAAGGGCGUUUGGGGAGGAGCAGAAGAGAUCCAGGCAUUUUGCCAGUCGUAUAAAAGGGAUGUCAAUGUCUACACGAUGUAUGGCAUUCAGAACUUCCGCGACGUUCAUGCUUCAGAUGACGAAGAGAGGGAAGCCGUGCAUAUUGCAUUUCAUGAUUUCCACCAUUAUUCUUCUGUACGGCAUACGGAAGGCCCCCACACUGGCUUGCCGUGUAUACCCAGAGCUGAGCAGACAGUCCACAAAGAAGCGUCGACGACUGGACCCACUGUCGUAGAUAUGGCUAGCCCAUGGAAAAUAUCGGCCAUCCAGGAGGGUCUUGGUGGCAAGUAUGACCGGGACACCAUCGUAGGAAUGCUUCAACAAUGUCGCGGUAACAUCGACAGGGCAUUCGAGAAUCUACUUGGCGAAGAUACUAGUGCACACCCGGCAGAGACUUCUGCUUCUAAAGCCAUCAUGAAAUCUCGCCUUCAACAACCGUCCUCACGGUCUUCGUCUCCCUUCAGCACCGGUAGCAAGCGCUCCGCAGAUGAGAGUGAACUUGAGGAUAACCCUCAACCGGUUAUGCGGGGUAACCGAGCCAGAGAUCAAAAACGGCGUAUCCUUCCUGAUGUAACGGUUGGGAUUGCCUUCCGAGACGAUCAGAAUGACCUUGUUUCCUUGCGGUUACGAGUCAGCCCGGAUGCGGUCGCAGAAAAGGCAAUGACUGCAGAAACCCCUAGCCAGACAGAAAGUGACUCCUUCGAGUCAGGAUCGGGAUCCGACAGAAGUGGAGACCUAGAGAAAGACAAGAAGUCCAGGAUUAAGCAGAAACCAGCUUCUAGCGAGCCCGCCACCCAGAAGAACGAACCAAAGGAAGAGCCGAAGCCACGGCGGAGCCAACGUCUCACCAAGAGUCGGAACGCUCCAAAACCUGUAUAGGGUCUGUGUGCUUCUCGCUUAAUCAUUCUUUCUGAUCUUCUGGAUCAAAUUCGUAUUAUGCUAUGACCGUAACGACACUGAUAUCCACACUUGGCUUCGACCAUGUUUACUGGGCUUUCAUAAUAAGCACGUUGGGCGUUUUUGCCGCUUUGGUUAAGAGAGUCGGCUAUCUAUUUCCUAUUAACGACUGAGCGGGUUUUGCUUCCAUUUUUCUCCGAUAUCUACCCACACAAUUUCACACUACCUAUCUGCGAUAGUCAGCCACGAUUUCACCACUCGAGCAUACGAUAUUUCUUGACGAGGCGUUGUUGGGGGGUUUUGCAUUCAUCUUGGUCUUGCAUUGGGUUUGCGCGUGAAACAAAAAAGAACUUCCUUUUCUCAGUUCGGCGGUCUUCUCUGAUUUGGGUUUCUUAUUUCAUGCAUGCAGGACUGAAAGAUCUGUACAGCCAUAAAAAUCAUGAACAGGUUGCAUCUUGGGGCGGUGAAGAAUCUUUUCUACGCUUUUUUUUCCUUUUCUAUCUUACCACUUUUCGGAUUUCCUAGACGAUUCGAGUUUCCUGGGACCAUGUCAGACGGGAUUGGUCAAUUUUAAACAUGCCAUCAAUUUCAUUGACAUAGAUCUUUGAAUGAUUGAUAGCUCGGGUAGACGAGCUUUUACUUGAAUACAUCAUCGAAUACCUUGGUUUA